AUGGGUCAACAAAAUCAACAAAUGCGGCGAGCUCGCUUGGUUGCGAGUGUGGCUGCUACAAUCAUCUCCCUGGCUUGUGGAACAAACUACGUCUAUUCGGCAUGGGCCCCGCAGUUUGCCGAGAAGCUCAAGUUAUCAGCUACUCAGAGCAAUCUCAUCGGCCAGUUCGGGAACCUAGGCAUGUACUCGCUGGGUGUGCCCGUAGGCAUGCUUGUCGACAGACGUGGCCCUCGACCUUUUGUUCUCGUUGGUGCCUUUCUCCUUGUUGCGGGAUACUUUCCCUUGCACAUGGCCUACGACAGAGCAUCUGGAUCCGUCACAGCUCUUUGCUUCUUCUCCUUCCUAACUGGCCUUGGUAGUUGUAUGGCAUUUGCCGCUGCUGUCAAGACGUCGGCACUCAACUGGCCAGGUCACCGAGGUACGGCAACAGCAUUUCCGCUGGCGGCGUUUGGCCUCAGUGCCUUCUUCUUCUCAUUUCUCGGAUCCGUUCUGUUCCCUGGCGAUCCCAGCGCCUUUCUUAAGCUUCUUUCUUUCGGAACAGUUGGCUUGACUUUCAUAGGCUUCUUCUUUUUGAAGGUGUAUCCGCACUCGAACCACCGUGUUAUCUGCCAUGAAGAGGGACGUCGUUCGUCCUCUUCGUCCGCUCAUCUUCGGCCUCCUCGUGGUAUUCGCCAUUCUGAAGAACCUGGUACGUCUGAUACAGACUCCACAAACACGAACCUGGCCUCAUCGCCCAUGCUCGCUGGCCCAAUUCCCCCUUCCAAUAAUCCUAGCUCGAGCAGCAAACCUGUCAAUAAUGAUAUUGAAGAAGAUGCUGUCGACGAAACCUCGUCUUUGAUGUCGUCGGCAACCCCAGAGCUAGUAGAAAAUGUAGUGACGAGUAGUGUUGAUACGGAUCGAUCUCAUCGAAUAGAUAUACGCGGCUUCAAUCUCCUUCGCAAUCAGUCUUUUUGGCUCCUGUUCACCAUCAUGGCUAUUCUGUCAGGCGUUGGCCUUAUGACCAUUAAGUAA